GAAAUAUUAAUAAACAAGUUUAAUUGUUAAUGCAAUUAUUGUUAAGUGGACAGUGCCUCCAACUUUAUUAGAACAUUCAAUGAUUUUCAAUCGAUAAGGAAUUCAAAACGGAAUUUCGUCGCGGCCAAAGAGCCGGUACUACCCGAAUUAAAUUCCAAGGAUAUUAUUUUCAUCGUGAUUCGCGUUAUAAUGGAGCUGUCCAACGCUACGUAUGUGCUGCAAGGACUACGGAAGACCGAUGCCGAGUCAAACUAUGGCGAUAUGGAAAUAAUGAACCUAUCCUACAAGGAAGACACUUUCACAAUCAGCCAACUAUAGAUGAAAGAACUGAAAUUAUUAAUAACUUACGGCAGAGAGCAAUGGCAGAUCACGCGCUACUGAAUGUCAUUGUAGAUAAUGUAUUUAGACGUAUGCCUAUUGCAAGAGCAAUCAACAUGCGGCCAGAAGCCGCAAGACGACAUAUUCAUCGACAGAGAAGGCUUCACCAGCCACCGCUGCCACGCACUUUUUUAGAACUUGGAGACAUGCUUAAUGACUAUGAAGCAGUUAAUGACAUUUAUCGAGGAACACAGGUAGCUGUAGAUGGUUCAGUUGCUUACAUAUUUGCAUCGAACAUCAUGAUCAACAGGUUAAACAACGUUAAUGAACUAUUUAUUGAUGGGACUUUUAGAACUGUACCGAGAACUCCACGAGCUGCUCAGCUAUUAAUUAUUUAUUUAAAAAAAAUGGAUGUUGGCAUACCAAUUUUGUUUGCGUUAUGCAGCUCCAGAACUGCAGCCAUGUAUAAUGCCAUUUGGCAAUUCUUGAUUGAAAGAGCACGUGGCAUCUUGACUAAUUUACGUUUUAUAAUUACGGAUUUUGAGGCGGUUAUUAUUUCGUCAAUAAGGACAACUUUCCCAUUCGUUAGAAUAAGAGGAUGCUGGUUUCAUUGCAUAAGGGCAAUGACACGUAAAUGGAAUUCUUUGAGGCUUCCUCGAGACGAUAAUGACCAAACGCUAAAAGAAGCGUGGGCAUUAGCUUUAAUCCCCCCGGAAAAAUUUCAAGAAGCUAUUGGAAUUAUUGCAGAAACGGCAGAGCUUAUAGAACCAGAACAUGAAAAUGUAAUUAUGUUUAUUUAUUACUUGUGCAGGCAAUGGUUGCCUCUUGCUUACAUAGUCUCCGUGUGGAACUCACCGUGGCGGACAAAUAAUUUUGCCGAAGCGUUUAACCGACACUUGAUGGCACAAAUAAAUGGAGAAUACCCUUCAUUAUUUGUAUUUCUCUGUAAGAAUUUGACAAAAAUAAUUGACUUCUAA